AUGCUGAUCGAGAAGCUGAUGUCGGGGCUGUGGAUGGGCGACAACGCGCGCCGCAUCCUGCUCACCUUCGCGCGCAAGACCCAGCUCUUCGGUUCCAAGGCGCGCCCGCGUGCGGCCGCGUCACGCCUGGAGCCACCCUGUCACGGCUGCUGCUUGCAUCCCGUGCCAGCCAAGCUGGAGGACCCUGAGGCCUUCACCACGGCGCACCUCUCCAUGAUCGAGAGCGACGCCACGCCCCUGCGCUCCAAUGUGUCGCGCGUGCUCAAGGACGCCCUGGGUGUGACAGACCUGUGCUGCGAGACCCUCUACAUGGUCCAGUCCGUCUGCCGUCUGGUGGUGCGCCGCAGCGCCCGCAUGGCCGCCAUCGCCCUGGUGGCCAUCCUCAGGCUGCAGGGCUGGCUUGACGCCCCGCGCCGCAUCGUGGUGGCCGUUGACGGGGGCGUAUUCCUCAAGUACUACAACUGGCGGGUCUUCCUGGACCAGUACAUGCGGGAGACCUUUGCCCACCACGGCAAGGACGCGCGCCACCUGGCCCAGCUCGUCGAGUUCCGGCCGCAGGCGGACGGCUCCUGCAUCGGCGCCGCCGUGCUCGCAGCGGCUGCGGUGGCAGGCGACGCGUAG